UAACCGCGCAGAUUAUGUUCACGGGACUCAGAGUUGAAGGCUCCUCUCCCUACCGAACAGCUCCGCGCGCGGCCCCACGAGAGAGCCCGGAGCAACUACUUUGCUCCCUUUUCUUUCUUCUUUUUUUUUUUUUACCCCUGCUGGGUAGUGGCGGCGGUGGGUUGGGGGAGACUUUGAAUGACCAAGUUUGCGUCCACCUUUCUCUUCAUGUCGAUGUCCCUGGAAACAGUCACACGGAUGCCAUGGUUACUUCUGCCACGAUCUUACAGGUGAACAAGGUGAUGUCCAUCUUGUUUUAUGUGAUAUUUCUCGCUUAUCUCCGUGGUAUCCAAGGUAACAGCAUGGAUCAAAGGAGUUUGCCAGAAGACUCGCUAAAUUCCCUGAUUAUUAAGCUGAUCCAGGCAGAUAUUUUGAAAAACAAGCUUUCCAAGCAGAUGGUGGACGUUAAGGAAAACUACCAGAGCACCCUGCCCAAAGGAGAGGGCCCCCGGGAGCCGGAGCAGGGCGAGCCCACCAAGUCGGAAUUCCAGCCGAUGAUCGCAAUGGACACAGAACUGCGGCAGCAGAGACGCUACAACUCACCCCGGGUCCUGUUGAGUGACAGCACCCCCUUGGAGCCCCCUCCCUUGUAUCUCAUGGAGGAUUACGUGGGCAGCCCCGUGGUGGCGAACAGAACAUCACGGCGGAAGAGGUACGCGGAGCACAAGAGUCACCGAGGAGAGUACUCCGUGUGUGACAGCGAGAGUCUGUGGGUGACCGACAAGUCCUCGGCCAUCGACAUUCGGGGACACCAGGUCACGGUGCUGGGGGAGAUCAAAACCGGCAACUCUCCCGUCAAACAAUACUUUUAUGAGACGAGAUGUAAAGAAGCCAGGCCUGUCAAAAACGGGUGCAGGGGGAUUGACGAUAAACACUGGAACUCGCAGUGCAAAACGUCCCAAACCUACGUUCGAGCACUGACGUCGGAAAACAAUAAACUCGUGGGCUGGCGGUGGAUACGAAUAGACACCUCCUGUGUGUGUGCCUUGUCGAGGAAGAUCGGAAGAACAUGAGUUGGCAUCUCUCCCCAUAUAUAAAUUAUUACUUUAAAUUAUAUGAUAUGCAUGUAGCAUAUAAAUGUUUAUAUUGUUUUUAUAUAUUAUAAGUUGACCUUUAUUUAUUAAACUUCAGCAACCCUACAGUAUAUAAGCUUUUUUCUCAAUAAAAUCAGUGUGCUUGCCUUCCCUCAGGCCUCUCCCAUCUGUUAAACCUUACUCUGUGACCCAGCUCUCAGGAGCCACUCUGUAAAAUCUGUGUACACCAGUAUUUGGCAUUCAGUAUUGAUUGUCAAGGCCAUGACUGUCGUUUUAGUAAACUUGUUAAAAUCAGAUGAUGUCAGAGUUGUGUGUAGACACAGUAAUAUCUGCCCCCCUGCCCCUGUAUACUUCAUGUUUGAUUAAUUAAAAACACUUGUCAGGUCCAUAGAAAAGGAUACCCGGUAGCUUUGAGUCCUACUCUCAAUUCUGGCCACAAGUUCACUGUCAAGAACUUGCUCUUCCUUUCCCAGCUGUCAGCUUGGCCAGUCAGAAUGAUGAUUCGCCCCAGUGGUAUGUCCUAGUACAAUUACAGCAAACCUGGCAAUUUUAGUUUUGGAAGUUUCUUUUCAGCACAUUUGUUGUUUGGGGUUGUUGAAGGGUUGGAUUUUUUCUUCUUUUUUGGUUUUGGUGUUUGUUUUGUUUUUGUAAGUGGUUUUCAUCCUUUAAAUACAUAGGAAAAAAUUUUUAACUAUUUGUAACAGAAUAAUUGUAUGGUUACCCAGAAGCAGACUGAAAUGGCUUAUGAAUAGUCCACACACAAGAGAGAAUUUACUGUUCGGAGCGCCUUUGGCGCCUCCUCUGGUGGCACCUCCUCUGGCGGUGCCUCCUAGAGCUGCAAGAGGAAUUGGAAACAGCUCCCACUUUGCCGUCAGGCCUGGGUUCAAAUUCCAGCUACUCCCCUGCGACUUGGAGCAUGGCUGGGAAGCCGUCCUGAGCCCACGUCACCCAGGGUCAGAAAGACAGAUGGGAUUCUGCCUACCUCAUGGUGCUGUCCUGGAGACUCAGCUAAAUAACCCCUGUAGACUUCUGGCACAGGGUAGGCGUUCAAGAGUCACCGUCCCUUCCCCCCUCUCCUCCUCUUCUUUCUCAGCUAUUGUGUG